GAGGCAGACUGUUUCACUGAGUGUCAGACAAUUAGAAGGGUGGAGUAAGGCAGGAAACCAUGACACACCUUUGUCAGGACUUGUUUGGGAGCAAAGAAAUAGGAAAGGACUGGGGGGAUAGAAUAUAUUAACUACAAGAAGAAGUGAACAUUCCUGGAGGAUCACUCAGAUUCAACACACCUUUGUAGGGAUGUGGUAUAAAGAGUAGCUGGCCAAUUUUGAUAGAAAGGAAACGGUUGAGGAGAAAGAGGGAUUUCCAGUCUUUAACUGAAGAACUGUAGGCGGCGAUGGUAUGGACUCAGUAACGAAGAAAACCAAACGGGAUGGAGCAGAAGUCACUGAGAGACUUAUUACAGAGUCAGUAACCACAAGACUGACGUCCUUACCACCAAAAGGAGGCAGCGGCACUGGGCACAAAACAGCCCAUGGCGGAGGGAGUGGAAUGGAGAAGAGGACUUUCACCCACGGCAGCAGCUAUGUGACUUCGAGUGGAAGUGGUAGAAUGAAUUCCUGCUCCUCCUCCUCCGGCUACAGACAAAGCCCAUCUCCCUGCUCUACUCUCCCCAAAUCACCUGGCUCAACCUUUGAAAGAAAAACCUACGUCACCCGCAAUGCAACAUAUGAAGGGAGCUCCAGCGCAAAUUCUUCUCCUGAAUUCCCUAGAAAAGAGUUCGCAUCGUCCAAUACCAGAGGGCGGAGUCAAAGCCGAGAGAGCGAAAUCCGAGUACGACUCCAGAGUGCUUCUCCCUCGACCAGAUGGACGGAACUGGAUGAUGUGAAGCGUUUGCUGAAGGGGAGUCGAUCGGCCAGCGUCAGCCCCACACGAUCGUCAUCCAGCACUCUCCCCAUCCCCAAGAAAGCUGUAGUGGAAACAAAGAUGGUGACUGAGAGCUCCCAGUCAGUGUCGGGGACAUAUGACACAACCAUACUGAAUGCUGCCCUCCCUCCAUACAUGUGGUCCUCCACCCUGCCUGCAGGGUCUUCCCUUGGCAGUUACCACAACAACAUGGCCCAGGGCUCUUCCCUGGUCAACACCAUGUCCCAUUCAACAGGAUCAGUGUUUGGCAUCCCAAAUAACCUGGCUUCUGGCUCUCCCACUCUGAACACAGGGCUGAGCAGUUCCUCAACAGUGUUUGGUGUUCAAAACAACCUGACUCCAAGCUCUACAGCCAUGACUCAUAGUGCAAUCGCAGCCUCCACAGUAUACGGAGUGAAGAAAAACACUUCCCAGAGCACUGGAAUGGCUGGUAGCGGAGUGUGCGCUUCAACUGUUGGCAGCAAUGUGAACUCCCAGAGUGACGACAUCCUGCGUAAAGACUGCAGGUUCCUGCUGCUGGAGAAGGAGAAUGUCCCUGCCAAGAAGGAGAUGGAGCUCUUGAUCAUGACAAAGGACAGCGGCAAGGUCUUCAGUGCUUCCAGCACGGGGCUCAGUGGAGCGUCCUUUGCAGAAGACACCUUGAAGAGAGAAAAGCAGGGCUUCUCUUCCUCUUACACUGCAGACUCCUACCUGAAAUCUGAAACAAAUGGAGGUCUAAAAUCCGUGUCAACAAAGGACAAAGCAACUUAUGCAGAAAUUCGAGGCGAUGAUGGAGGGGGAGGGAUAGGGGCAGCCCCAGCUUGGUGUCCCUGUGGUUCCUGCUGUAGCUGGUGGAAAUGGCUCCUGGGUUUGCUCCUGGCUGGGCUGCUCCUCCUUGGAUUGCUCUUCGGACUCAUCGCUUUGGCGGAAGAAGUGAAGAAGCUGAAAUCUCGUGUGGAAAACCUAGAGAAAACCCAAGCCAACUACCUGUUAAUUAAUCCACACAAUGCGGAUAUUAACCAACAGUACAGUAUUUCUGAUAUCGGGAAAGGUCCAGACUAUGCUACAGGUUUCAGUCAUAAAGAUCAAGAGGCUCUCUGGCUGUUUAUGAGGAGCAAAAUGGCUUUGGAAAGAGGACGAGGUUUCUUCCGAGGGGAGAAAGGGGAACCUGGUCUGAAAGGCGAUAUGGGAAUGCAAGGUCCCAAAGGAGAUCAAGGACUUCCUGGUGCACCAGGCAUGCCUGGUUUGAUUGGGCACCCAGGACCAGAGGGACCGAAAGGACAGAAAGGCAGCGUGGGUGAUCAUGGCAUGGAGGGACCCAUGGGCCAAAGAGGGCGAGAAGGGCCACCAGGGCCUCGUGGGGAACCUGGACCACCUGGAUUUGGGGAGAAAGGAGACAGAGGCGCUGUUGGUGAUCACGGACCUGCAGGACCUCCUGGGCCACCAGGGUCUGUUGGCCUCAAAGGCAUGACGGGUUCUCCUGGCCCACACGGUCCGCCUGGUUCUCCUGGUCUUCAAGGAUUUAGAGGAGAAGCAGGUCUCCCAGGGGCCAAAGGUGAGAAAGGAGCUUUGGGAGCACCUGGACCCAAAGGUGACCAUGGAGAGAAAGGACCUCGUGGUCUGACAGGUGAGCCAGGCUCAAGAGGAUUGCCUGGUCCUCCAGGGGAACCGGGAGCCAAAGGAUCCAUUGGUCCAGCUGGCCCCGAUGGACGCCAAGGCCCACGAGGGGAACAAGGUCUCAUGGGAAUGCAAGGAUUGCGAGGACCACCUGGACCCGCUGGCGAUGCCGGACAGCCAGGUCUCACAGGACCGCAGGGACCCCCAGGACUCCCAGGCAACCCCGGUCGACCAGGGGCUAAAGGUGAAUCUGGUGCUCCCGGCCAAGUUAUAACUGCUGAGGGUUCAUCAACUAUUGCUCUCCCUGGCCCUCCAGGGCCACCAGGAGCAGUAGGACCACCAGGACCACCCGGUGUCCCAGGUCCUGUUGGGCCAGCUGGUCUCCCCGGACUGCAAGGUCCACGUGGCGAGAGAGGGCUCACCGGUGAAACCGUUGUGGAAACCAUCAAAUCAGAAGUUGCAACUUCAUUAUCUCAAAUGUCGUCAGAUUUACUGGGACGAGCAGGCCCCCCUGGCCCUCCAGGACCCCCAGGCGCAUCCAUCCAGGGACCACCUGGACCUCGCGGUCCAGCAGGAGAAGGAUUACCAGGCCCGCCAGGCCCACCAGGAAGACCAGGCUCCUUCGUGCCCACCUCAGAAACAUUCUUCGCAGGCCCACCAGGCCCACCUGGGCCAAAGGGAGACCAAGGUUCACCGGGCCCACGAGGAUUCACAGGUGAACCAGGUCAGCCCGGCCUCCCAGGAAUCUCUGCUUCAGGUGCUGGAGUUGCCAUCCAGGGACCUCCCGGACCUGCAGGGCCUCGAGGACCCACCGGACCCAAAGGAGACAAAGGUGAUGCAGGCGUGCCAGGAGCUCCCGGCAUCCCAGGAGGGUCUUCAUCAGGCGGGUCUUCAAACUCAAGACACAGGCAGGGUCCACCAGGUCCUCCCGGCCCUCGCGGUCCCCCAGGCCCAGCUGGAGGCUCACUGCAGGAGAUUCAGCAGUACAUUGCGGAGUACUUGCAGAGUGACACUAUCGGGCGUUACCUGAUUGGACCUCAAGGCCCACCAGGACCCCCCGGGCCACCAGGAAUCAUCACCACCGUUGAUGGACAAUCCUUGGACUACGCCGAGCUGGCUAAGCGUGUUAUGAGCUCCAUGACGAGCUCCGGUUACAGUUUUGAGAUGUCAAGCUCUUCAUCAUCCUCAUCAAGAUUCUUGACUUACGAAGACAUCCUGGCUAUGCUGCAGAGAGAAGAAGUUCGUCAGUAUCUAAUUGGACCUCAGGGGCCCCCAGGCCCGCCUGGACCUGGAGGAGAUGGCUUGUCUCUGUCACUGAGCUAUGAUGAGUUGACCAGCCGGGUUAUAAGCUACAUAACAAAUAAUGGACUCAGUCUUGGGCUCCCGGGGCCCCCAGGUCCUCCAGGAUUACCCGGCACAUCUUACAGUGACCUAAUAGCUUUACUCCAAGGCUCUGAAUUUAGUGGCAUUGUUGGGCCCCCAGGGCCACAGGGACCCCCCGGAGUUCCAGGAGCCCCAGGAAUCCCUGGAAUGCCAGGCAGCUCUCUCUCCACAUUCAGCCUAGAGGAUGUCACCUCUUACCUGCAAAGUGUGGGAUAUGCUUCCGUCUCUGGACCACCAGGACCCCCAGGACCUCCAGGACCACCAGGGCCACCAGGUCUAUCAGGAACUGGCCACUUCUCCUACACUGACAACGUGCUGAGCGACACAUUUAGGAGCGAGCUGAUCCAAUAUCUAACCAGUGAUGAUGUUCGAAGGUUCAUCUCAGGGCCUCCCGGGCCCCCAGGGCCUAUGGGCCCACCAGGGCCAAAAGGAGAUAGCGGCAUCAUGGCUGGGUCAUAUGGAGGAUCCCUGGGUGCAGGAGGAUCGUACGGUGGCGCCAUGGGCAGUGAUGGGUCGUACGGUGGCGCCAUGGGCAGCGAUGGGUCGUACGGUGGCGCCAUGGGCAGCGAUGGGUCGUACGGUGGCUCGAUGGGUGCAGGCGGAUCGUACGGUGGAUCCCGGGGAGCAGAGAGAGCACAGAGGAGAUCGAUGAGUUCGAGCGGAUCCUACAGCGAGUCAUUCACCGGAUCGCUGGAUUACAACGAGCUGGCACUUCGGGUGUCGGAGAGCAUACAGAGCCGAGGCCUCCUCCGGGACAUGGUCACUUAUGCCGCACAAGGUCCACCAGGACCUCCGGGGCCACCUGGGAUCAGCAAGGUGUUUGCAAAUUAUGGCAACGUCACCGAGGACCUCAUGGACUUCUUCAGAACAUAUGGCACCAUCCCAGGGCCACCUGGUCAUAGGGGGGAGAUGGGCUACCCAGGGCCCAAAGGUGAGGCUGGACCAAUGGGGCCUCCAGGACCCCAAGGACCCAGGGGCCCGAAGGGGGAGAAAGGAGAGAAAGGUGAACAAGUAUUUGUUGGCAGAAGAAAAAGAAGAAGCGUCGGGGUCUAAGUUAAGCACCAGGAUCAGUAGUCCCUACCGCGGGAUCCACAGCCGCCAUUUUGGAAUCCAGUAGAGAAUCAGCCUGACUCUUUAUUGGUUUCCUGCUAGAACACCUUCCUAGUCAGUCAACUAACCACAUAGGCUUGGUAGUUCAGGACGUGUCUUUAUUUUUUAUUUGAUGUUGUUGGGCUUUGAAUGACUCUAAUUUGUACGUGUCCAACACAGAACUACCUGUUGGGAAUAUGCUCCCAUUCGUUCACAGUGCAUUAGUCCCCCACACACUGUCCGCUGAUGAGAAUUGUAUUCAAGUGCCUGCAUUCGUAUCUUAGGUCUCGGAAGGCCUUCCUUUGUCACCAAUCCAGGUGUCUUGCAUUACAGCCAGACGUAGUUAAAUACAGUGAAACCGGCUUUAACCAACUCCUCAAGCCUCCUGGAAAAAAAAAAUCCAGUAGCCUGGAGAUUAAGGAGGCAAGCAAUUUUUCUGAAAUCAGAAUCUGAGCCAAGGUUGUGAACUGAAUCUUGGACAAAAGUGAUUGGGAGACUUUGGUGAUCACCAAAGUAGGUUGUCUCAAGACACUGGGGUGAUGUCCUUAUACAGGUUUCAUUACACUUCCCACCAGUCGCUGUUGAAUGGCUAUGGAGAGUCUCUUCGUUCCAUAGCCAUGUUGGGUGGUCUGAUCAGCAAGCGCAGUUAAUGAAAGCAGCAAUGUAAGGAACUAGGCAAAACUUCUGCAGAGAUCAGGGUUUCCUGGAGGGGAAGCAGGAUGGGUGGAGGCAAGCGUGGAAUUCUCUGUAUCCAUUGACAAUCAAAAACUGGCAAGGAUAUAUGCUGUCAAAAACUGGACAGGUAAUUCACCAGCCAUGGAAGUGUAAACAGAACUCAGACACUAGAGCACCCAGUGAGAGAAAUACCUGACCCUAGUCUACGUUACAGCGUCCCACCUGCACAGCGGCAAUGGUGGGCCAUUACCAUUUGAUUAUUACCAAGGUAGAUGCACCCCUUAUAAAUUUCAAAAACAUUUUAUUAGCAUCACCCAUAAAUGCAUUUGGAGUUGGUUGAUAAGUCCAUGUAUUUAUGCACCAGAAAUGGCUAGCACAUCCUGUCCUGUUAUAGGCCAAUGGCACAAAGGGAGGUCAUACGACACUACCACGUAUUGACAUACAUACACACACACAGGGUGGGUGCCCAUACACGAUGCAGGUCACUUUGCCAAAUACGCUUUUAAUUUCACUUGGUAACUGCUUUGCCACGAUGUGAAGGGUGAGUUCGAACUUAAGCACUUUUGUUAAAACAUAAUUUGUUGAUUUUUAAAAAAAAAUAUUUUUAUAUGGUUCUUUUUUUACGUUGGGGGGAAAUUGCAUUUUUAAUGUAAACCUCCCAAUUAAAGUGUGUUUUUAACCCUAUGUUCUCCUGAGCAAGCUUACAAUUGGAAAUCAGCGCUAGACUCAGUGUCACACUGGGUAGACACAUCUAACAACGUCAGGGUAAAUUGUCGCAAAUGAAGCACAACACAGCAUGUGUCAGGAAGGUAGCUCUGGGCACGGCUGAAGAACCAGGCCUGUUUUCUGCACUUCCCAUUUCAUCAGUGUGAGCUUUCUUUGUGAUAAGCAGUCACUGUCCUAAUUGAUCGUACAGUGAAGAGUCAAACAGCCAACUGGCUUCUGAUUGAGCAUGAUUUCCAUUAGUGUUAGCAGGGACUUACACACAUGGCUCAAUGGGUGAAUGGCUCCUUUGUCUCGGACAUCAUCUUCAUUUCUUCAGCAAUCCAAUUAUUUCAAAAUCUUCAGUUUAUCACAUCAUUGCAGGGCUAAUUUGGCGGGGAAAGGGUCAGCAAAACUGGCCAUGUGAUGGCUUAACUAGAAGGGCUUUAUGAACUACAGAGAUUAAAGAGCCAGUCAUUUUAAGGCUGAAUUGUAUGCAGUUUUCCAUUUAACACACAGUGUCACUUCACCAUUUUCAGUGUGAGACACUUCAAUAGCACCCCCCCACUAUCUGGUAGGAUAUUCUCACGUCCAGAAUUACCCUGUGGUAAUCCCAAGGAUAGAUGCUAGCAAAAACUGAUUUUCUUCCAUUUAAAGGUGUUAGACUGGAACUGGGAGCUUAUCUGCUAGACAGAUUUGGUAUGUGAGCUUCAUAGACCAAAUCAUAUAUCUUACUGAAAACAACCUUAUUUCAUUCAAAGCUUAAACACCAGCCAUCAGUUUCAUUCAUUAGCUCUAGUGAAAGUUUCAAAGCAGAUUUUAGCUGGUCCAUUUAUUUCCUGUAUCAUUUUGUUCUGAGGGUUUGGAACAAGGGCUGUGUUGAACAGGCCGGCUUUCUGAACACACAGAAGCUUGCAAUGUUUUUAAAUAAAUAAAGUCUACUAUUGGGUUGUACACACGAUGCCUGUACUUGAUAAGCUGAGCCCUUCUCUUUGUAAUAAAAUGCCCUUGAAAAUGUCAUUUGGUGUCAUGUUUAACUACUGC